AUGCUCGUGCGGCUCGUGUUGGGACUCUUCGUCCUCAAAGCGGUGGUGGCCAGCCCCAGAUUUUCCCGACAAGUGGACUUGGACACAUACGACAGUGCCAACUAUGAUGUGGAUCGAGACAAUUUAAAUUUAGAGAACCAGGAUAUCUAUGACUAUGAAGAUGAGCUGACAAUCGAUGAUCCUCAGAUAGAGAUUGGAACACUGGCCCCACCUGACUAUAACUAUCCUGUACCUGAGGCCUCAGUGGAGGAACAGGAAGAACAAGAAGAGGAGGAGGAAGAGUUGCCCCUAACACCCCAGCUUAUCCCUCAGGGUUCAGGGGGAUCUGGGGUUCUCAUGGGCCCAGACACACAGAAAGAGGUGGAGCUGCGUCUGACGCCCAUUGACAUCCUUCAUGUCUCCGGGGAUUUUGGGGGCUCCGUAGGGUCUGGGGCCUCAGGAGCUUCUGGGGUUUCUGGGUCUGGAGGCUCAGGAGACCUACUGGUCUCCAGCGCCUCUGGGGGUUCUGGUGAUAUUGUCUUGAUCUCCGGAGUUUCUGAGGAACUCCACAUCUCAGGGGGAUCUGGGGAGUUCUUGGUAUCUGGGGAUCUCUUGAUAUCUGGGGAUCUCUGGGGAUCUGGGGAUCUGUCUGGAUCUGGGGAUACCAUGGGAUCCGCAACUUCCGGAGCCUCUGGGGACCUUGGCUCUGGAGGAUCUGGUAUUUCUAUUGAACUCCCCCUGGGCUCUGGAGGGUCUGGGGACCAGUCUGGUUCUGGGUUCUCCGGAGAUCUCCUGAUCUCAGGGGCCUCUGGAAGCUCUGGGGUUUCUGGGGACUCUGAUGAGUCUGGGUUCUCAGGGAUAACAUUGAUAUCUGGAGAGGAGGAGCUGCCCCUCAUUCCCGACACUAUCCCUCAUGAGGCAUCGGGUGCUUCUGGGGAGUUCUCAGGAGCUUCAGGAACCUCAGGGGCCUCAGGGGAUUUCGGAGGCUCUGGAGACUUAGGGGUCCCUGACGUAACUCUGGUCCCUGACGUUGAUAAAGAGGAGGGGCUGCUUCCGACCACACCAGAAACCCCUCAGGAGGGUACUGGCGGUGUAGAUGAGUCAGGGAGCUCUGACCUGCCAGAGCCUGAUGAGCCCGAAAAGCCUGAUGAGCCUGAGGUUGACAGGCGAGGUAUGCCCACUUGCUUGCUGUGCACGUGCCUUGGUGGUUCGGUCUACUGUGAUGACUUGAAGCUGGAUAGUGUACCACCUCUCCCGAAAGACACCACUCACUUCUAUGCCCGCUACAACAGAAUCACCAAGAUCAACAAGUCUGACUUUGCGUUCAUGAACAAGCUUAAGAGGAUCGACUUAACCGCCAAUGAGAUAACGUCCAUCGAUGAAAAAGCAUUUUUGGGUCUACCUGAGCUGGAGGAGCUGGUGAUUCGAGAAAAUCACAUCUCACAGCUGCCUGCUCUCCCAGAAACCAUGACCCUGAUCGAUGCCAGCCACAACAACAUCGGCAGCAAGGGUAUUCACAAAGAGGCGUUUAAAGAUAUGACUGCCUUGCUGUACCUGUACCUAACAGACAACCACAUUGACUACAUCCCUGUGCCUCUACCAGACAGCCUGCGAUCUCUACACCUACAGCGUAACAAUAUUCAAAUGAUGCACGAGGACACGUUCUGCAACCUGAGAGAUUUCAACUACAUCAGGAAUGCACUGGAGGACAUCCGUCUGGACGGCAACCCCAUCAACCUCAGCAGGACCCCACAGGCCUACAUCUGCCUGCCCCGUAUACCCAUCGGGGAUCUCAUUUAACCACACAGACACAUACCUACACUCUUGCACACUGACUCCCAUGAAUACAACCACAUGCACACAUCUUUGUACAUAUUGACACACAAGACCACACACGCAGACACACAUACCAUUUAUUCACUCCUCAUUUCAACGGUCAGUUACAACAGCAUAUUUUAAAACUGCCAUACAUGCUGCUGAUAUAUAUAUACUGCAGAUACUCUGUGUGGAUAUUUAUGUUUCAUAAACACCCACAAAUGGAUUCUGGUGAUCAAGCACAUAUACACUUCUCUACUGCACCUUCUUCCUGUUGUUCACACUGAAAUGGUCACUCUCACAUCUACCAAACGCAUGUACACACACAUACAAAUAUACACACAUACACACAAGAACUUUCUCAAAAGCCCAACUGUUCCGCAACUUGAUUAAGAGUAAACAAUAGGUGGCAUUCGGAGAAAUCAGUUAAUUGACGAAACCUUCAAAUGGCAUGUAUGUUUCUGUUUAGUGUCUGUUCAAGACUGGCAAAAACAACCAGUAAUAUUGUUUAAAUAUGUUUGUUUUGUAAAAAUAAAAAAUAAUAAUAUUAAUAAUAUUAAUGACAAAUCUAACACUUUGCGAAAUGUAUACUAGCAUAAACUUAUUGAAGCUGGAGCUUAAUGAAAGGUAUAUUGAGUAUCUAAUGCAAUAAAAGACGCAUUUAAACACAA